UAUUAAUUGAUAGUUUAUGUUAAAAAUAAAAAUGGGUAGCUUCCACUUUGAUGAAAAUCACAGGCGAAGCAUCCACCUUCUUUUUUGUGUUCCCUCUCUUGUUUCCCAUGCAUCACUCCCUCCAUUUAAUUCCCUUUGCCAUCUUCACUACGAAACUCAACAACCCCUCCAACCGCACUUUCCCUUCUUCUUCUUCCUCUUCCUCUUCCUCUUCCUCUUCUUCUUCUUCUUCUUCUUCUUCUUACUCCUCCUCUGUUUUCAUUGCCAAUUUCAAAUGUUGCCGGAAAAACUCCCCUCCGGUGGCAGCCGGCAACCAAAACCCAUAUCAGAUCAUAAUCAACACCCACUCAAGUGCCCUCGUUGUGAUUCCCCCAACACUAAAUUCUGUUACUACAACAAUUAUAGCCUAACUCAGCCUAGGUAUUUCUGCAAGACCUGUCGCAGAUACUGGACCAAAGGUGGGGCGUUGCGCAAUGUUCCCGUCGGCGGUGGCUGCCGGAAAAACAAGAAGCUUAAAUCAUCGUCUUCUUCUCCGUCAUUGAGGCUGCCGUCGUCGUCCAACGAUGACUCCGGUUCGUCCAAUUCGGAAAUUGGCCGGUUGGGUUUCUUCGUCAAUGGGUUUUCGUCGGCUCAAUUGAGUGGAAAUCGAAAUUCGUCUUUCUCCUCUGCUCCGACGAUGGGUCUCUACGAUCAGUUUGGAGGGUUUUCUCUUGAUCAAUCGAGAAGUUUAAAUAACUCCUUCAUUAAUCCUUCAACUGGGUUUGUUAAUUCGCUGAAUGUAGAUACGAGUCUUGCGUCUUCGAUUGAAUCUUUGAGCUCUAUGAACCAAGACCUUCACUGGAAAUUACAGCAGCAAAGGCUAGCGAUGCUAUUUGGAUCAGGACAUAACAAUACAGCCAUUGAUAAAAACAGGGGAGUUUCUUCUCCAAUCGCACUUGAAGAUCACGGCCAAGAACUGAACCCAGGCUCGUUUCGGAAUCUGGAGAUUUCGAAACCGGAAGCUUGCAAUAAUUCUUCCGAUUUCAGUAAUGCAAGAAAAGAAACCGUCGUCGAUGCCGGAGCCAGAGCAGGAGGAGAAUCUGCAGUGGCGGACGAGUGGUUCUUUGGGGAUUCUUAUACGGCUCCCUCAAUGACGACGACGGGUGCGGCGGCAGCGGGAUAUAACUCCGGCGACAGCGCCGCCCGGUGCGAUGGUGUUCAGGAGUGGCACGAUUUGCAUCCAUACACCCAUUUACCGUAGGCAGGGAGGUAACCCAUCCCCCACCCACAAACAAAUUAUUAAAAAAAAAAAAAAAAAAACGUUGAUGUAAAAGAUGAUCAACGUUUUCAGCUUAAUUUUCUGACAGUUAUGUGUUAGAGAAUACAAACCAAAAUUGGAAAUGAGUGUAUAAAUUCAAAGUGCUCUAAAAACUUUUGAAUUGUCAUCAAUACAUUAGUGUUUGUUUAAAUUAAAAUGAAGAAUUCUAAAAAAUGAACAAACUGCAAAAUAUUUGAAAAAAUAAAAUGAUCUACUUUUGUCUUUUAAGUGAUUUUCUAUAAAUGAUACUUUUUUAAAACUAUUAUUUGUUUUAAAAAUAUAGCAAAGUUUAUAAAAUCUCUAAGUUAUUAAGUACUUUGUGGAGGUUAAAAUGGAGGUGGAAAUUAAAAUGGUUUUGAUGAAGAUGAUGCUUUUUGUGGGUAUGGGAAAAUGGAAGGUGGCGUGAUGAUGGGAUUGCCGUUGUAACGUUUAUAUGGGGUUGUUGCAUGCAAAUGCAUGUAAUUGCACUAAGUUUCGCUGAUACUUCAGGCAAAAAAGCGUUAUCUGCUCUUUUUCAAGGCCCUCUCCUUGCACUGUUUUCUAGUUGACUUCAUGCUUUAAUCGGUUACACAUAUCAUAAAUUAAUUCUUUUUUCUUUCGUGUACUGAUCAUUAUUAAUAUAGGAAAUUUAAUUAUGUGUUUCU